CAUUAUUCCAUGGCAUUGAUCCUGCCAAGCAUUCCCAGCCUUACCACCUUUAGCAGCCUACAAGUCAAGUUGGCUGCAAGCCAAGCGAAAGGUGAUCAGCAUGUUCCAGCUGACAUACCUAGGCACCAACUUACCACCCUCAUCAGAUCCAUCAUCAACAAACAAGACGAACACGGACCAUUUUACAUUGUAGAUUUGGGGGUUCUUGUCAGCCUCAUGGAAAAAUGGAACCAUUGCCUUCCCAAUGUUCAGCCCUUCUUUGCUGUCAAGUGUAACCAUGAGCCUGCAUUCAUUGCUGCAUUGGCAACACUUGGUGCAAGCUUUGAUUGCGCCAGCAAGGCCGAGAUUGAGGCCGUCUUUGCUCAUGGCGUAAGCCCCACUAGAAUUGUUUAUGCCAAUCCAUGCAAGGGUGAGUACCAUUUAAGGUACGCAGCUGGAGUCGGAGUCGAUCUUGCAACCUUCGACUCCAUGGACGAAGUUGAUAAGAUCAAAAGGUGCCACCCGAAAUGUUCCUUGUUGCUUCGGAUUGCUGUACCGAAUGACAAGAGCUCGUGGCGUUCAUUUGGGACCAAAUUUGGUGCGUUGCGUGAGGAGGUUGCACCGCUCGUCAGACACGCACACAAACUAGGGUUAAGAGUGGUGGGAAUUUCGUUCCAUGUGGGAUCAAAAGCGUCUGAAUCUCAAGUGUACCGUGGAGCAAUAGCUGCAGCUAGAGCUGCAUUUGAUGUGGCUGAUGAGCUCAAAAUGCCCAAAAUGCAUGUGCUUGAUAUUGGUGGUGGGUUCAAAGCAAAUCAACUGUUUGAUGAAAUAGCCGAGACCAUAAAUGUUGCCAUCAAAGACUACUUUUCUGAUCAUCAGUCAGAUUCUGAUCUGACGGUGAUGGCUGAGCCAGGAAGGUUCUUUGCUGAAACUGCAUUCACAAUGGUUGCAAAUGUGAUGGGGAAGAGAGUGAGGGGAGAGAAAAGAGAGUAUUGGAUUAGUGAUGGAAUUUAUGGGUCAUUUAAUCUUCCAGCAUACGACAAAUCCUCUAUGCAAAUCUCACCGCUCCAAAUUCUAAGUCCUCACCAAAAUCAAGUGACAUAUUCAUCAACAGUUUUUGGGCCAACUUGUGAUUCAUUGGACACAGUUGUUGGUGACUGCAUGCUGCCUGAAUUAAAGUUGAAUGAUUAUCUUGUGUUCCACAACAUGGGCGCCUACACAACUUCUGCUGGAACCAACUUCAAUGGCUUCUGCAUUUCUGCUAUUCCCACGUACCUGGCAUUUACAAGUGCUAAUAAUUAAUCUAGAUUUUGUUGGGGUUGGUAUGGCUGAUGCUAUUUUCUUGUAAUUUCUUUGUUUCUUUCUGCUCUAUUAAAAAUGAAAAAACUGUUAGAAGUGAGGAGUGGAAAACAAAAAAUUAGGGUAUUAUGUGAUUUUUCUCACUUUCUCACUUUAAAUCUUGU